AUGGCCCUUGCUCCAUCUUUCCAUCGCUCCCUCACCACCACCACCAUGCCCAUCUUCAAAACCCCACACCCGAUCUCCAUCACCAUCCGCGCACUCUACGCCGAGUCGACAGUGACUGCCGGCGACGGCGCGCGCGACACCGAUUCGACGACCGUGGAGAUUACGCCGUACAACCCGUCCAACGCCAAGGACGUCGACGAGGCCAAGAAAAUCACUGUCGAGCAGCCCACGUCGGGCCAGAUUGUCAUUACCGCACCGCCGCCGACGUGGUCUAGCAUCUUUACGCGCGGCACGGCGGUCAUCCGCGUCGUGUCGCCGAUGCACUCGAGCGUGGACGCCAGCGCGCGCAAGGGCGCCAUCUCCGUCGCGGGUGACGUCACCAAUGUCGUCCUCAAGGCUGGGUCGGGCGCGCUGCGCGUUGACAGCGCAGACAAGGUCGAGGCCAACACGGGCAACGGCACCAUUGUCGUCGGCCGGUGCCGCGGCCCGCUCAACGUCCAGAGCCACAACGGUGCCGUGACGGUCGACUAUGCGGGCGCCGACGCCGUGGUGCAGACGUCCAACGGCGCGCUCAAGAUCGGCAAGGUCGUGCAGGCGCUGCAGGCACACACGGCCAACGGCGCCGUCACCGUCGACGAGGCUGGGGCAGACGUCGAUGCCACAACGCACAACGGCCUCGUCCGCCUGUCGUACGUCUCGCGCGGCGCCAUCCGCGCCAAGACCAACAACGGCAAAGUGUGGUGCGGGAUCGCGCGCGACACGCGUAUUGCCAGCAUUGACGCACACACGGUCGCGGGCCGCGUGCACAACUCGAUCACGGACAACGGCGGGUCCAAGGGCAAGGUCAACGUCCGCCUCAACACCAACUCGGGAGACAUCUAUGUCGACCGCGCCGACGCACCGCCGUCCGGGGGUGUCGACAGUGUGGCUGAGGGCGUUGGCAGGCUGGACUUUGCCUCUGCCUCUGGUUCCGGCUCCAACCCCCCUCCCCCACCGCCACCCCAGGCGCAGCACAUCGUGACCGAGGAGCAGGACUGGGGACCCAUCCCGCCACCCUCGCAGCCGACGUACGAGACCCUGCCGCCGCGGUAUAACCAGGACUGGCGCGUGGGCGAGACGGCCCCGCCCGGGUCGACGACCGGCAAGUAG